CUUUCCACUCUCUUCCAAUUUCCAUUCUCUACACAAAGCUGAAUUUUGCGAGAAGCAUUGUAAUCGCGGCGGUUCUGUCAUUUAAUUUUCAAAACGGCGUUUUUGCUUUUGUUUUUGCGGUUCUUUCUUUAUGUGAAAAAUCUAUUUUGAUUUUGUAUAUAUUGUGUUAAGUUUCGAGUUAAAUUAAUAAAAUUAAUACCAAUUUGGCUUAAACAAAUCAAGUAAAUAUGACCACCGAAUCUGCGCUUCCACUUCCUCGUUUGCCAGUGCCCGAUAUUCGCGCCGAAGUAGCAUUUCAACACUCCCAAAAACAAAACGAACGUUUGCAGGAAUAUCGACUUAGGCCGCCGAAGUUACGAUUGGCGAAUCGUAGUCAUUCCUCUACUUCCACAUCCACAACCGCACAUGCAAUUUCAUUCCGCGGCGAAUCCGAUGGAAAUGGCAAAGCACUUCCAGAAUUAGAUGCCAAUGCACUGAGUGGUUCAUAUGAUCGUUCAAUGAAUGAGACCUAUUUCGAACAAUGCUUUACUCGCCUUGCUAAAAUUGGUGAAGGGUCAUUCGGGGAAGUAUUCAAAGUUCGUUCUAAAGAAGACGGACGAAUGUAUGCGAUAAAAAUGUCAAAGGAAUUAUAUCGUAGUGAGCAUUAUCGCCAAGAGCGACUUGAGGAAGUGCGACGAUAUGAACAAUUUUCUGGCCAUGCUAAUUUCGUGCAAUUUUAUCGUGCGUGGGAACAAAAUGAUCGUUUAUAUAUGCAAAUGGAGUUGUGUCGUGAAAGUUUAGAUAGGUAUUUGGUACGACGUAGAGAUAUACCGGAGGAAACAAUUUGGAAUAUACUACUCGACUUGUUGCUAGCAUUAAAAAAUCUGCAUGACCGGAAUCUAAUACAUCUUGACAUUAAGUUAGACAAUGUAUUGAUUGGCGAUGACGAUAGUUGUAAAUUGGCUGAUUUCGGUUUAGUUAUUGAUGUAGAUAGAGCGAAUCGUCAUCAAGCUACAGAAGGAGAUUCCCGUUAUAUGGCUCCCGAAAUAUUACAGGGAAAAUUUUCUAAAGCUGCGGAUAUUUUUAGUUUGGGUGUUGCAAUGCUUGAAUUAUCAUGCUUUUUGGAGUUGCCGCAUAACGGACCCCUGUGGCAGCAGUUGCGUAGCGGUGUUUUGCCACAUGAUUUCAUGAAAAAUAUAUCACCAGAACUGGAAACACUUAUUAGACAAAUGAUGUCUCCGGAACCUGAAGCGCGGCCGACAGUUGAUGAAAUUCUUAGUCACAAAAAGUUGGUUUCUUUAUUGGAGCGCCGAAAUCGCUGGAGGUUGAUCAUAAAAAUGAAACAAACGAUAAGGCGUUCACGCAAAGCUACUUGGUCAAAGCUUUGCAAUUGGAAGCAGAUGAUUUUCAGUUUCGUAACCUCCAUUCUCACUACUUUCAUUCACCGUGAAGCAGUAAGCAAUAGACGGAGAAGAACCUUAGAUUCUCCGAUGCAACAACAGGUAAAGGAUAAACAACUACCUAUGAUCUCGAUGCGAUUACAUGCAUUAACACCUACCGCAGGGAAUAAUCGAAAUACCCCAAUCGAAUUUUUACCCGGCGAAAAUUACUUGCAUUUAUCUCAACAAAGCACACCCAUAAACUUUGCCACGCACAAUAAAAUUGUAAACUCGACACCUGUCAAUCAUAAUAAUCACAGCUUUCGUUCACGGAAAGAUUUAACCAAGACUAGUUUUAGAGCGGUUGAAAACGACUGCGGUAUUGAGUAUCUUCCUGACAUUCAAUAUUCGCCAGCUGCAAUCAGCCGACCAAAUAGUUUUUUGAGUUUAGAUGAUUUGGAACAGAGUUCACAACCGUUCAUAUUGUUAGAUAAAUCAAGCCUACAAGAGUGCCGAAAGAAACUCUUUACUCAACUGGAUAACUCACCAAUAUAAUAUGUAAUAUGUUAGAUCGUAUGGAUAUAAAAAAAAAAGUGUUGACCCCAAUUGAUAACCACCGUCAAUUUUACAAGAAUUAAGGUUUUUAUUUCAACUAAUAGAAAUAUAUAUCAUAAUUAAUAGGCAUAUUUAACCAUUAUUGCAUAAUGAUAUUUGCAUACGAAAUUUAAAAAAAAAUAUUUGUAAGCUUAGUUAAGGGAAAAUCUUCCACUAGAGGGCUACAAAUAAGUACUGUACGAAAUUUCCUCAUAAUUUGUAAAUUUAGUAUUUUGGAUAAAAAACUUCCAUUAUUUCAUUAUAUUACAUAUAAAUGUGGUUAUAGUCUAUUAGGAUGGUAAGUAAUUUUUGGCGAUACAUAUGUGAUAUGUUAAUACAAUAUACUAUAUAUACACAUAUACUUCAUAAAUAUAAAAAAAUAUUAUAUACGAAAUGCACAAUGCAUAUUUUGUUGAUUUUUAUAAAGCAUUCAUUGAUAAAAAUAGGUGCCUGUUAAAUUGUGUUUGUUCGUUCAUAACAUAUUUAGCACAAUAAAGUUGUAUGAAACUAAAAAA